UUCCUUAACUCAUGAAAAAGUUAAAAUUUCAAUUUGUGCAUAGUCCUAAAGGGAAUCCAUUGGUGAUAUCUAAACAACAGUAAUCCAUUUAAACAACCAGGAACCAACUUUUCAUCAAUGGGUCCAAAGAAGAAGGUGGGAAAGGCUAGCAAGGGGGGAAGAGGAUCUGGCGGGAUCAUCGAUGGCGUUCCUAUGACGGAAAUGCCGAGAGAACAUCUCGAGAAGUACACACUUAGGAUCAGGGAUGAACUCGAACGUGAACGAGAGGAGAGAAACUUUUUUCAGCUGGAACGAGAUAAAAUCAGGACAUUUUGGGAGAUUACAAGACAGCAGCAAGAAGAAAACAAAGCUGAACUGAGAAAUAAAGACCGUGCUUUGGAAGAAGCAGAAGAAAAACAUCAGACGGAAUUGAAAGAAUUUAAUGAAAAAGUUAAACAUCUUAUGUACGAACAUCAAUGCCAUCUCACUGAAGUGAAAGCUGAAAGCAUGGUUUCUCUUAGAAUGGCACAAGAGGAAUACCAGAAACAAGAAGCUCGUCUCAAUCAAGAAAAGGAAGAACUGCAGAAAAAAAUUGUUGAUGAGCAGUUAACCCACGAGGAGAAAAUAAGAGAGAUUUAUCUUAAACACACGGAAGAGGUGUAUGGAAUCAGAGAAGAAUUUAUGGAGAAAAUAAAAGAGAUGGCGAUAAAAGCAGAAGAGAGAGUCGAAAAAAUCAGGGAGCAUUUUUCUCUCAAAAAUAAAAUGGAAUUGGCCGAGACUGAAGAAAGAAAGAAUACAAUUAUCGACAAACUCAACACAAGCCAUAAAGUCGCACUUUUAGAACUGAAAACAUACUACACAGGAGUAAUCGACAACAACUUAGCAGUAAUAACUGCGAUGAAGGAAGAAAUGGGAGAUGUAAUGAAACAAAAUGAGGGGUUGAAGGAAAGUAUGACCAAAGUGCUAGAUGAAAAUAAGAAGCUUGCUAAACCUCUUGAAGAAGCUAAAGCGAGAGUUGCAGAACUGGAAAAACAGCUAAUUGACAAUAAAAAAGACAAAAUCUCUUUGAAGAAUGUUCAUAAAAGAUAUGCUAAAAUUUGUAAAGACCUGGAAGAUGUGACUUUACAAAGGGAUUCUUAUGAGAUGCAAAUUGAAAAGGUCGAAGAACAGCUAGAAGAGAUGACUAAAAAAUAUACAACGGCGCUAUCAGAAAUCCAAAAGAAAAAUGGUAUUCAGGUGAACAUAUUCGAGAAAAAGAUCACGGACCUUGAAGAUGAACUUGAAAAGAAGGAGAUCUCCAUGGCUCAGCUCAUAGCAGAAGCUAACAUCGAACCAAGCGCUGUUAACAAUGCCAAUAAAAAAAUCCAGGCAAUAAUGGCAAAACGAGCGAAAAAAAUUGAAAUGCUCCAACUUGAGAUUAACAGGGUGGCCAAAGCGCACAACGAUUUGAUUUUGGAUUUCAAGAACAAGGCGGCAAUAUUCGAUAUACCUGAAGAAGCAAUCGCUUACGACUUUUACAGAUUAAAUCUUAAUCAAUUUGAUUCUUAAAAUUUAAUCUAAUGUGCAAUUUGUGUUGGGUUGUUCACUGAGCUUUUUUAUCUCUUAAAUAUCUUUCUCACGGGUG